CCCUGGUUCCCUUUAUCUCAUUUAAAGUACUACAGCCCUAGUGUAUACAGGGCACUGGUAGUCUACCUUGUCGAUGUGAAACAAAAUACACAUAGAUGUAUGUGUGUGAGGCCUAUACAUGGCCUAUAGUAUGAAUGUUUCACAGUGAGCACGAUCACUUUAAACUCUCUUGGUAUAAAAGGUUACGUGGGUAACAAGAAGAAUCAUUGACACGGAAGUGAAACAUAAAAAGCAGAUGAACAACCCUCAGUAUUUCGUCACAAACACGUUUCACUCCCCAUGAGUCAAGGUCAUUACUAUCCUUUUCUGGUAGGUUACGAUGUUGUCCCUCCUUGAAGAUGAUGCGACGACGACGUUUGUUAGUCUGAUCGGCGCCUCCGUGCUGAAGUAUGGCUUCACCUCGUGGCUAGCUUUAAAUCGACCAAAGGUAUACGAGAAGGUCGGAAGAGUGUCAAGUCUGCAACUUUACCCGGUGAAAUCAUGCCGGGGUCUGGACGUCAAAACAGCCGAAUGUACAUUAACAGGAUUGCGUCAGUAUGGCGUCACGGACAGGCAUUGGAUUCUAAGUUCCAGAGAAAACACUUGGAUCAAUGCUAACAAGGAGCCGAAGCUUUUACUUGUGACCGUGAAGUUGCACGAUGAUAAGGUGGAGAUGACCGCCCCAGGGAUGGAACCGCUCAUGGUACCCAUCACUCCCAAACUCGACCAAGCAAUGGUCCGCCAUAUUGGGACUGGCCCGCUAGCCAUAGACACGUUGGAUUGCGGUGACGAGGCUGCGGCCUGGUUUGCCAAACAUACGGGGCGGCAGGGGGUCCGACUUAACUACUCUCAUCCUGAACUGGCAAAACGGGAAUCGAUCAGUUUCAAGUACCCAUGGGAACACUAUGCGCUGCCCGGAGACCAG